CAAAAAGUGUCAAAAAUCCAUCGUCUUCAAUCUUCCUUUCUGGAACUACAAUAACAAUCGGAAUGUCAACUGCCGAAAGCCAGCAGCGAGAGCUCAUUCGUAGCCGCCGCGGGGACAUUCCCGCUCUCCUUCAUCGUAUCUUUGAUCGCAAUCCAAUCAUGGACGUGAACGCCAACGGGCCCUUGCCUGAUACCAUUACAUACGCGCAACACAGGCGCGACAUGGCGGAAUUCUCCCGUCCAGCGUCGCCAGAGGAGCGCGCCCAACGACUGGAGGAAAAGCGUAUCCUGGAUGCUCGCCUGGCGCGCUUGCGCGGGAACGUCGGGGGUGCUCAAAGCGGAAGCGGGGGUGCUGGCCCCAGUGGGGGCAGCCAAGUCGGAGGAGCUGGCGGCGGAAGCGGGGUCGCUGGCACCAGUGGGGGGAGCGCGUGA